UUGAAGGCGGCAAGGGUGAGGACUCCGCUACUUGAUUCCUCUGCUCCCGUUGCAAGCCUGAGGACUCCGCUAGUUGACUCCUCUCCUCCCCGAUAUAUACAAGUAUUUGCCGCAUUUGAUGGCUGCAAGCGUGAGGACUCCGCUACUCGAUUCCUCUCCUCCCCAAACGCCGCGCCAUCUAAAACCCUAGCCCUCCAAAUCCCUUCCUCCCUAAAUCUCGAUCGGGGGUCUGCGGCUGCUUCUCCUCGAGAGCAGGCACCGCGAUGGAGGAGGAGCCGGUCGCCAACGGGACGACGAUGGUCUGCGUCCCGUCGCACCCGUUGAUCAAACACUGGAUAUCCAUCCUCAGGAACGAGCAGACUCCCUGCGCCACAUUUAAGAAUGCCAUGGCAGAACUUGGGAGAUUACUCAUCUAUGAAGCUUCUAGAGAUUGGUUGCCUGUAGUCAAUGGAGAGAUUCGGACUCCAAUGGGUGUUGCUACUGUUGAAUUUGUUGAUCCACAUGAGCCCAUAAUGAUAGUUCCCAUCUUGAGGGCUGGUCUUGCUCUAGCAGAGCAUGCUUCAUCAGUUUUGCCUGCAACGAGAACAUACCACCUGGGCAUGCGUAGGGAUGAGAUGACUCUAGAGCCAUCCUUGUACCUCAACAAAUUACCUGACAAGUUUCAGGAGGGGUCUCAAAUACUUCUUAUUGAUCCUAUGCUUGCAACUGGUGGUACAGUAAUUGCAGCUGUUGACUUGUUGAAGGACCGUGGAGCAGAGGACAAACAAAUAAAAGUUAUUUCUGCUAUUGCUGCCCCUCCAGCCCUUCGGAAGCUUAGCCAGAAGUUUCCGGGGCUUCAUGUGUAUACAGGAAUUGUAGAUCCAAUUCUAAACGAGAAAGGGUUCAUAGUCCCAGGACUGGGAGAUGCUGGUGACCGCAGCUUCGGCACUUAAAUGUAGCACUUUCAGCACUGAGGAGGUAUGCUACAAAUUUAGAGCGUACUGCUCCGACAACUUCAAUUUCUUAGCAUUUGAUUACAUUCUGAAGUAGGGAUCAUAACAAGGGCACUUGCUACAACAGUUUUGAGUGAAAAACAAAACUCCUUUGUUAGUUUUGUUUAUGUGGUGUGAUGUCCAAAAGACAAUUGGAAGUGCUGUUUAUGACUUGAGUAGUCUGAACUUUUGUUAGUUUUGUCA